UGGCGCGCCGGGGCCGACGCGGGCGGGCGGGCCGGCAGGGGAGGGCCGACGUGCUGUACGUGCCUCCGCGGCGGUCCCGGGGCUGCGGGCCGCACCGCCGCCCUCUCGGAGGCGGGCCCGGCAGACGGCGGCGGCCAUGUUUGUGGCGCGCAGCAUCGCGGCGGACCACAAGGACCUCAUCCACGAUGUGUCUUUCGACUUCCACGGGCGCCGGAUGGCCACCUGCUCCAGCGAUCAGAGCGUCAAGGUGUGGGAUAAGAGCGAGAGCGGAGACUGGCAUUGUACAGCUAGCUGGAAGACACAUAGUGGAUCUGUAUGGCGUGUGACAUGGGCUCAUCCUGAAUUUGGACAAGUUUUGGCUUCCUGUUCUUUUGACCGAACAGCAGCUGUAUGGGAAGAAAUAGUGGGAGAAUCAAACGAUAAACUUCGAGGACAGAGCCACUGGGUGAAGAGGACAACUCUAGUGGACAGCAGAACCUCUGUUACUGAUGUGAAAUUUGCUCCCAAACAUAUGGGUCUGAUGUUAGCCACCUGUUCAGCAGAUGGUAUAGUAAGGAUCUACGAGGCUCCCGAUGUGAUGAACCUCAGCCAGUGGUCUCUGCAGCACGAGGUCUCGUGUAAGCUGUGCUGCAGCUGCAUUUCCUGGAACCCUUCCAGCUCUCGUGCUCAUCCCCCCAUGAUCGCUGUGGGAAGUGAUGACAGCAGUCCAAAUUCAAUGGCCAAGGUUCAGAUUUUUGAAUACAAUGAAAAUACCAGGAAAUAUGCGAAAGCUGAGACUCUUAUGACUGUUACAGACCCUGUCCAUGAUAUUGCGUUUGCUCCAAAUUUGGGAAGAUCUUUCCACAUCCUGGCAGUAGCAACCAAAGAUGUAAGAAUUUUCACAUUAAAACCUCUGAGGAAAGAACUUACUUCCUCUGGUGGUCCAACAAAAUUUGAAAUCCAUGUUGUGGCUCAGUUUGAUAAUCAUAAUUCUCAGGUCUGGAGGGUGAGUUGGAACAUAACAGGGACAGUCCUAGCGUCUUCAGGAGAUGACGGCUGUGUUAGGUUGUGGAAAGCUAAUUACAUGGACAAUUGGAAGUGUACUGGUAUUUUGAAAGGUAACGGGAGCCCAGUAAAUGGGAGUUCUCAGCUGGGAAACUCAAAUCCUUCACUGAGCUCAAAUAUUCCAAAUCUUCAAAAUUCAUUAAAUGGAACUUCUGCUAGCAGAAAGCACAGCUGAGCACAAGCUGGCUGGAGUAACUUUGCUGUUUUGCUGCUUGUUGCAUGCACACAGGAAUGGAAACCAACUCCUUUUCCCCUUCCCCAGCGCCGUUUGAUCUCUUCCAAGAUGCACCAGCAGCCCGUUCACUACUACACACAGUCCAAAAGGCCUUUAAAGUGACAGUGUAUAUAACUUUUGUACUAGUCAGCCUCCUGACACUAUAAAUGGAAAGGCUUUUUGUUGACACAUCAUCACCAAAACAAUUUUUUGGGAUGUUCUGGAGACUAACUUGGGAAAACAUUGCUAUUAUCCUCAUANGCANUUGGGAGGAGGGAAAAUAUAAUUUUAUUCNGUUUGGAGAAUAUAGGAAUAUGUCUUUUAUUUUCUAAAACAAUAAGCUAAAAUGAUGAGUUUUUAUAAUUUUAAUUUGAAAAUCGAAUAAAUAUUUUCUUAAAGAUUGUUUUGAGUGGGAAUGUGUUUACCUUUUGUAGAAUUGCUCUACAGGUGAUAUUAUCCACAACCACUUUACAGGCGAUAUUAUCCACACAAGGACUCUACAGGCAAUAUUAUCCACACAAGGACUUUUUCUUGUAAUUACAAAUACUGGUAACCUGGCACCACAGUCUAUACAAUGGUUUGUAGCCAAGCAGCACAUUAGCAUUUGCUAGUUUAGAAGUGGGAACACUUCUAAGUUUUCAUCUCAUACCCAUUACAAAGAUGGGUGUUUCUAAUAUAUGCAUGAAUGUUUAUGGUAUGAUCCUACACAACUUGGUUUCUUUUAAGACGAUUUGGAAACAUGAAUUGACAUUUUUCAGAAAAUGUGCAUGCAAUUGAAAUUCCAUGUCUCAGGAUUUUUAAUGUGUUGUUUCAAUGAAUAUCUGUCUUUUGACACUUUUGACUUUGAUGACAAAGUUAUACACCUUUUUAUUGACUAAACUGCAUACAUAUUACGGGUAAGUUAUAAGAUGGUAGAAUAACAGGCUAUAAUUCUUUGAGCCUUUUUUGCACCAAAAUUCUGUAGCUAUUCUAAGUUUUUUGCAGGAAACUAAGGCUGUCCAAUGGUUGUAUUUUUCAAAGCCUGUGGCAGUGACCAGCUUUCCCGUGUAGUGUACUGGAGUUGGUUCUCAGUAUCAUGUACACACUUACGAGGUGUGCCUGCCGUGCAGCACAUGCAGGACUGCUGACAGUGGAAAGCAAUGUAAAUGAAAGAAUCAGAUGGGAUUAGACAAGGCUUCACAUUUAUAAAAUGAAUGUCUCUGUAACAUGUACUGGUAAUUUGGGGGGCCUUUUAACUUUAACAGAUUGUAUUUUUUUCAAACUUUUAUACUUCUUAAGCAACCUUGAUUCGAGUGCAAGUCUUGAUUUGUACUGUUGUUCUAUCGGUUGUGGCAUGAAUAUACAAGCUUUUUUUCCUUCCUUCCAGCAUGUUUUCUCUUCUUUGGUUCUCUUUGUAUUUACUGCUUUUCUCUUUUUCUUCUGUUUCCCUCCCUCCUUUUCCCUCUGUUGUUUUUGUUUUGGUGUUUUGUUCCUGUCUUCAUUAUUUCAGGUAUUUCUUUCCCCCUCUGGAUUCCCCACGGGCUGGAUCAAGAUGGUCCAGUUGUGCCCAGCUCCUUCCUCCUCCUGCUCCUCUGCUAGAGCACUCUUGCGAUGCUGACACUGCCAACCUCCAGUAUCCUCACCCUCGCAGAGGAUACCUCUCUCGGCCUCUUAACCCCUUACCUGAGAAUGAAGGGGUGUAAAAUACUGACGUAAAGGCCUUAUCCAGAUGCUUGUAAAUGCUUUUAUUCUGGGCUGCUUUUUGGUUUCUUCAUUUUCUUUUAGAAGAUCCUUAUUUAGGGCAUGUCUUGCAUGUAUCACGACUCAAGUGUUUGAAAGCAAACCUUUUUUUGUACUUCUGCACAAGGAAGCCUUGGCUUUACUAGUUGGUUACCUUUGAUGAGAUGAGCUUCAGAAAAAGCAAUAUUAACUGUGAAAGAUUCCCAGUAUCUGAUUCAAAGUGCCUGCCUUGUAAAUUCUGUGUGGAGUUGUUACCGUAGAGUUCAGUGUUGUCUGUUGAUAGGUAGCUUCAUCGGUGAGCGUAUCAUUGUGAACUUCACUCUGGACUUCAGACAUUAAGAAAUGUUUUGAAUUUUAUAUGCUGAUGUUACAGAUGGCUGUAAAAUAAAUCAUUCCUGUGUAUAAAGCA